AUGCCGCUGCCGCUACCCACGUCCGCCCUGCAGCGCUUGGAUGCACUCGCCGAGACGUACGGCACGCCACUGCAGCUCUACGACGAGCAGCUGAUCCGUGAGAAUGCACGCCGUUUACUGAGCGCCUUCCGCGCCCACUUUCCGGACUUCCAGCAGUUCUACGCUGUCAAGGCGCUGCCCAAUCCUGCGGUCAUCAAGCUGCUGCACCAGGAAGGCUGCGGCAUGGACUGCAGCUCUUCGGCCGAGCUGCACAUUGUCAAGGAGCUGGGCGUGUCCGGCGGCCAGGUCAUUUUCACCUCCAACUUCACCGCGCAGAAGGACCUGGCCACGGCUUUUGACCAAGGCGUGAUCAUCAAUUUGGACGACGUGUCGCUCAUUGACAGUAUCGUGGCUGCCAGAGGCAAGUGCCCCGAUCUCAUGAGCUUCCGCCUCAACCCGGGCCUUGGCCGCACGGACUCGGAGACCAAGUCGAAUGUGCUGGGCGGACCCGAUGCCAAGUUCGGCGUGCCUCCGUUUCAGAUUGUUGAGGCUUACCGCAAGGCGCAGCAGGCUGGUGCCAAGCGCUUUGGUAUUCAUAUGAUGACCGGAUCGUGUGUAAUGGACCAGGAGUACUGGCACGAGACGGUCACCGUGCUUUUCAAGGCCAUUGUGCAGCUAAAGAACGAGCUCGGCAUCGAGUUCGAGUUUAUGAACAUUGGUGGAGGUCUCGGCAUUCCAUACCGCAAGGACCAAGAUGCUGUGGAUGUAGAAGCUAUCGCCCAGAUGCUGCGUGAUGUUUUUGACGAAGCGAUGAAGGAGUACAAGCUGGAGAAGCUUCCUCGUCUUUGCAUGGAGAACGGUCGUUUUAUGACGGGUCCGUUCGGCUGGCUGGUUACGCGUUGCGAGGCCAUUAAAGAGACGUACGGUCGCUACUACGGCGUCGACGCUUGCAUGGCUCACCUCAUGCGUCCGGGGAUGUACGGUGCCUACCACGAGAUUUCGAUCCCGGGACGUGAGAAAGAGGAGGUGAUUACGUCGCACGUCGUGGGCACGCUGUGCGAAAACAAUGACUGGUUUGCGAAAGACCGUCCUUUGCCGAAGGCUCGGGUGGGUGACCUGUUUGUUAUUCACGACACAGGCGCGCACUCUCACUCGAUGGGAUUUCAGUAUAACGGCAAGCUCCGUGCCCCUGAGGUGCUCCUGCGUGCGGACGGCAGUGAAACGCUCAUCCGUAAGCGCGAGACCUACGAGUCUCUGUACGGCAAUUGUGUGAUGCCCGCAGAUCUGUAA